AUGGCUAAUGGAGAUAAUCAAAUCGAUAAUUACCUCACCACAAUUGGAUGGGGUAGAUAUCAAUCUCAAAUUUUUAUCAUUUGUGGAACUUCCGUAUUCAAUAUAAUGAUAUGAGGGUACAUUGUGUCACUUCUAUUGGUAAGGCUAGGAGACAACUGAAAUUUAGAAAGAUUUGAGUUAGGAAUUAUUGGUUCUAUCUAUGGAUUAGGGGCGUCGCUUGGAUCAUUAUUCUUCGGUUUUUUAUCUGAUAGGUUUGGGAGAAUGUUUUCUUUUAGGGUAAGCAUUUUAGUUGUAUGAGUUGCAACGCUUUUUGUGAUUUUUUCAUUCAAUAUGAUUAUGCUAAGUUUAGUUUUAUUUUUUAUAGGCGCUGGAGCUUCAUCUGAUCAAGUAUUAUCUGCAACUAUACUUAAAGAAUUUAUAUCAAACAAAAACACCUCAAUUUUGGCAGUUUAUACUUUAUUUUAUCGAUUAGGCGGUGCAACAAUUGCAAUCAUUAUUAUCAUUGUAGAAGUAAUUAAUCCCACUAUUAUGUCCGAUUGAAAAAUAAUUACAAUUAUUAUUUUUUUUUGAAACUCCGCUCAGUUAAUCCAAAGACAAUUUAUGGAUGAGACACCAAAGUUUUUGUACUCAGUAGGGAAACUAACAAAAGCAGAAGAAGUUUUGAGGAAAAUUUCUAAAAAAAACAAAAAAUUGUUGGAAAUAAAACUCACUGAACUAGAAGUUACUUAUAACGAAGAAAUAAGUGAAAUUCCUAAUAAAAAAUCAGUAAAAACCCUGUUUAUAAAGGAAAAUAUAAAAACUACAUUACUGAUAACUAUUAUUGGUUUUCUUAUGGCUUUUGCAAAUAUCAGCAUAAUAAUUUAUGCGCCAACUUUUCUUUCAAAAUAUACUCUUACAUUGAGAUAUACAGCCAUAUUAAUUCAGCAGCUUGGAGGAUUUUUAGGAAGCUUAGCUGCAGGAAAAAUGGUGAAAAAUCGGUUUGGGCCUAAAGGAGCGCUAUCUCUAUCUUCAGUACUGGUUGGCUGCUAUAUCUAUUGCUUUUUUCUUACUUUCGAGAUUUUAACAGUAAUGUCUAUAUAGGUCAUCAUAUUUUUAUGUCUUUAUCAAUUUAUAUUCCAAAUUUCACUCGGUGCUAUAUGAAUUAUUGUGCCCGAAUCAUUUUCUACUGAAUUAAGAAGUACAUUUAUAGGCUGAUUUAUGCUUUGGCAGGGAAUGGCAGGUGUCUUUGCUCCAAUCAUAAUUGGAGUUUUUAUUGACUUCGGGGGUUCUCCAGCUGCCAUUUCUGUUAUUUCUUUCUGUCAUUUAGCAUCAGGCAUUCUUACACUAUUAUUAAACUCUCCAAAAUUGCUGAAUAAAGAAGAAAAUUUGAUUUAG